AUGGAGGAAAUCCAGAAAGUGAUCCAUGAUGACACGCGUUAUCAAAAGGGAACUAUGAACAUGAGGACACAGAAAUGUUUUGCAAUAAAAGUAAGAAAAUGAAGCAAGACUGUUUAAUAUUACAGUCAUCAAAAAUGUAUAAUUGCAGUGCUGCAAAGUAAAAUAAGAGAGUGGCGAAACGGGUGCAAAUUUGACAACACCGGCAUAACGCAUUUGUCUUUGUUUUCAUGCCACAACCAUACGCUCAAGCAGGGCAAAACUAUUCAGUAAUAAGUAUUAAGAAUAAUUACCGACUAAAUUAAGGUGGUAUAGAACGCCAAUUUUUAUUUGUAAAUAGUAGGAUUUUAAUGUUUUAAUUAACUCAGGUUUUAGAUAUUUAGUAACAAUAAGACUGUGUUGAAAGAGAAAUAUAGACAUUGAUGUCGUCCAAAAGCACAAAUAAGUAAUAAUAAUUUCAUAUUAACAGAUAAAGUAAGUAGUUAUGUUCUUGAGCGUUACGACGGCGAUCACAUGACUAUCGAACACGCUAUAAUUUCAUCAGUGCAUAAAAGAAAGGUUCUGUCAAUUGUAUAUAUAGUUUUUUUAGCGUACGUCAGUUUAUAUUUAACAAAUAUAAAACAUUUUCCGUAUUGAUAUACAGUUAUAUCCGUGAGUUAUGUAAACACUCGUGGAAAUUGGGAAAACGAUAAAUUGUGUGGAAACACGACGCCCGAAGGGCGGGGCGGAGUGUUUUCACAGAAUUUCGAGUUUUCCCAAUUUCCAUGAGUGUUGAUAUAACUGUAUAUCAAUGCGGAAAAUGUUUUUAAUAUAUUUUUUAUAACACAAAGAAAUAUAAAGAUAGAAAUUUUCCGUGUUGACAUUGAGUUAUAUCAACACGGCUCUUAACCAAUCAACGCUCAGAAUUAACAAAUGCUAUAUUAUAUUUUAUAUUAAAAUAUCAUCGUUUUAACACUGAUACGUACAGCUCGUUAUGCCAUGCAGGGUGUUCAUUAAAUUGAUUGCGCAUUUGCUAAUGAUCUACUGGCAAUGCUUUUCCACCAGGUGAUAUUUGACCAUCAUGUUCAGCAUCAUGUUUCAUUGACCAUCAUCAGGCUUCAUUGAAAAACACCUUUGGUGAUAUGCGAACCUCCUGAUUAAAUAUUAUUAUUAUUAUUAUUAUUAUUAUUAUUAUUAUUAUUAUUAUGUCGUUGUUGUCAUAAUUAUAGAAAAUAAUUAAAAGUACAGUUUCGAUCUAAUUACCAUAAUUUUUCUUUCUAUUUUCACAGCCUCACAUUAAUGGUAUGUAUUCAGCAAUUACAUUUCAGAAUCAUCCUCAGAGAUACCAAAAACCAGUUUCAUAUUAGUCUGACACUGCAGUCGACCAACGAAAAAUUCGUUGGCUCGAGCGGGUUUUGAACUCUCAUCUUCGGGUAUCUAGACCGCCGCUGUAUACCCAUUGAGCUACGUUUCUAGAAUACAGUGCCUAUAGCCAGCAUGCUUAUAUUUCCAGGGUUAUUGGAUGUUGCAAGAAGGACGUACACAGAGAUUGUUGACGAUUCUUUAGGUGUGUUUUAACUCACUAAUCUACUUUCAUGAAACAUCUGAUUUUUGUAUUAAUAUACUUGUGAAAAAAUAAUACUCCCACGAAAGGUAAUUGAAGGGAAAAACAAUAAUAAUUUAAAAAUAAUAGUUACAGCCGUUACAAACUUGCAAUUCCUGCGAAUAGAGCUUAAUUAAUAGCAGCAUUAAUCGUAAUUGCUCCUGCGAUUAAUAAGUUUUAAGUAUGUGAAUAUAGUUCUAGCUCGACAUAAUUUUGACCAAAACAAAGAAAUCCUAUGCUUUUAAGCUUAUGCUUUUAUGCCUUAAAACAGUUAAAAGGCUUGUCUAGUUCACACUGACAUCAAUUCGUAAAUUGACUUUUGGUUGGCUCACAACUGAACUCUUUGGUUGCUUCGCCUCGGACUGGAUAUAGUUCAGUCCUCAUGUCUAGUCGUAUUUGAAAUAUAUCGUAACAUUUUUGUGAAUGUUUUCGGUUAUGUCUUAUUUAUUGUGUAUAGAAUUUUUCUCUCGACGUUUUUAUGUAAAAUCUAAUCAUUGACAAACAUUCCUAUUUUGGUUGCAGCACUGGUGAAACAGCUUGGAGACAAACAUGACCUGCCUGUGAAAUCUGCUUAUAAUUCUACCAGAGGGUUCCAUGCACAAAUGCAUCUAAACAAUCAAGAUAAUGUAUCAAUUGAAGACUUACCCAGUCAGUUUCUUAAAGUUGUCAAGACCAAGAAUGUUCUUGCAUUCACCACUGCCGAUUUGGUAAGUUUAUGCAGGAAAUAUGUAUAAUUGGGUGAAUAUCAUGAGGUGCAAUUAAAUCAACACUAUUCCUAAUGUUACAAUCCUAUAAUCCUAUCUAAUCUUUAGCCCAACCAGUGAGCUCUUUAUUCAUAUGGAGUAAGAACGUCAUUCAUUCGGCUUUUGAAAAAGUGAAGCCAAAACUGCACCUACUGACGUUCAAAAUGUACGAAGGCCCGUUUGCACUUGCAAUUUUUGCUGCGAUUUCCUCUUCUGAUGGACAUGAACGAGUGGAUGAGUGAUGAAUGUUCAGAUGAGGGUACAUGUACUUCGAACAUUCGUAACUUAUCUACCCAUGCACAUCCAUCUGAAGAAGAAUAUCGCACUGGAAAUCGCAGCAAAAAUUGCAAGUGUAAACAGGCCCUGAACUAAUUUUCAUGCCAUGUCGCCCACCAAAUUCCAGUUUUUCUAACGGACAUGCGGUAUCGCGAAUCAAGUUAAAACUACAAUAUCAUUCUUUAAACCGAGGUCAAAACACGAAAUUUUGGCACACUUCUUGCAGCCGUGUGUUUAACCGCGCAAACAAAAAUAGUAGAAAAGAACUGGAAUUGGGCACUCAAUUUCCGCCAUUCUUGGUUUCCCUUUUUGGUCACUGGCUCUGACCUAUCAAUCCUAACUCUAAUCCAGUCUAUCUAUAAUCAUUAACGUAAUCCUGAUCCUAAUUAUAACUCUAACAACUUCUAACCAAUUGUUUCUUAAUUAUUAAAGUUAUUUUGGCAUUAUUUUGUCACCUCCAUUUCUCAAGCCUUGUUCAAAUGAGUGAGACAAGCAUGAUCAGCUGAGAUCAUACAUUAAAGGACGUUUGGUCUUAGCAUUUUUAAACACAAUGCGGAAAAUUUUAUAUUGGAAUGCUGUUUCUUCCACCUUUAGCCAAACUAGAACUAUAUGUAUUUCUUUCGUUUUGCCUUUUACUAAUUGUGUUAUCUGACAACUGAUGCAAAUGUUACAAUGAGUAAUUCUUGAAAUUUUAAAUAAGGAUCUUGUUUCCACAGGGCUAUACACAAUUACCAAUGGGAUUAUUUCUCCUUCCUAUUUUGUAAUUAAAAAUAUAAUUUGCGAUUUCUGCCCCGGGAUGGCAGACCUGUUCUUUCUCUCUCUUUUCCUCCUUUCCCUUUAACCUACUUUAUCUAGUCCAGACCCUCCUAACUUUCUUGGCCCAUUUUCCUCAUUUCCUUCUCAGGGUCACUCCCCCACCCCAAACCCCUGCAGACAUCCCGCCGUUGGAAGGGUGAGCAAAUUGUAAUUAUAUACACCCUGUUGUUUGCAGCUCCUACGUUGGUCAUUCAUCACAUAUGAACCAGAUUUUUCCCUUUUGCGUCUUCCCAUACAUUUAUCCAAGAACUUCCCAAAGCCAUGCGGGAGCUUCAUGGUUGUAGAAAAAAUUGGAAGGAUUAGCAUAAAUUUAAUUUAUUGAAAUAUAUUGACUUUUUCGAAACAUUCUGACAACUAAUGACUAUUUGUUUUUAGAUCAAACUUAAUGGUUAG